AUUACAUGGUAUGUAUGGGCACCCCCUCCUGACCCCCACACAUCCCCCUGCCUCCAACAUGGUCAGCUGCCCCUGCACCCCCGCGGGGUCUAUACCGCGUAAUGGCGGUGGUAACUGAGAUCGCGCCAGUAAUCUAGUCACAUACUGACUGCCCGUUUUCCAACAUUAAAUUUGCUUGAUUCAAGACUGAGCCUUUACCGGUGAAUGCCCUUCCCCAAAUCGAAUCGGAAUAAAAAAAACUGGUAUUUAGCGAAUGUCUAGUUCUGGUUCGAGAGAAGUUUCUUCUCAACCUCAAUGUCAAGCCGGGUGACCCCGAGCAAGGCCAUUCUGCAUCUUCUCAUCCAAGACAACCAGCAUAAUGAAAUCGUCUUACUCAGAACACAACCGAAUACAGCUUUGAUAUUCUCUCCUAAGCAGACUCGGAGAGAUGUCCCCCUACGAGUCGACGAUGUUUUUGCCAGCAAGAUCUCGAAUUCAGGGCGAUACAUUUAACUGUUCAAUAUUACAAUGCCGUAAUCUACAAACCCACUAUGGAUACAAGAGGCGCGUCCAGCGGCAA